CAUGGCUCUCACUCACUCACUCACUCACUCACUCACUCACUCACUCACUCACUCACUCAACGACUCACGACUGCUGCUGCUGCCCAUACCAACACGAUCCACAAGCAUCCGUUCGUGACUUCCAUCCCAUCAAGCUUGCCACAUCGCCAAUCAACACGCCCAUUCAUCCGCUCGCUCGCUCUUCGCGCACGCACAGUCCACAAUCAUGCUGUUCGGCAACAAGAAGCAGAAGCAGCCCGCACCGGAUCCGAACAGCGUUCAGCUGAGUUCGGAAGAGCUGAGCAAAGCUUUGAGCCUGCCCGUUCAGCGUCAGGAUGGAUCCAGCACCACGCUCGCAGAGCUGACCAGUGGCAGACUUAGCAUUCUGAUCUUGAUCCGUCAUCAUCACUGUGGUAUGUGCCAAGGAUACAUUUCCUCCCUCAAUUCCAACCCUAUACUCUCCAAGCUUGCAGCUCCCGAUGCUCCUUCCAACGCUCCUCAACUCAUCGUGCUCGGUCACGGCGUGGCGGAAAAGGGCAUCGACAGGUACCAAGACAUGACGGGCAACAAGUUCUUGAUGGUCAGCGAUCCAAGCGCAAAAGUAUUCGAUGCCUUGGGCUGCAUCAAGAGUCUAGACAUUUCUGGUGAUAUCCCUUAUGACACGUCCAAAAGCAAGAUGAGCGACGUGCUGCACAGCGUGUGGGGCAUGGCCACGUCCGGCAGUCUGAUGUGGAAAGGAGGCGCAUUCGAUCAGCUUGGCGGUGACUUUAUAAUCAGUCCAGAAGGAAGCGUGCUCUACUCUCACAGGAUGAAGACGACGGUGGACCAUACGCGCGCAGAGGUGCUACUCCAAAAAGCUGGUUUGUCAGAAUCAAAGCCAGAGACGCAGCCUUCUUCAGACAACUUGCCGCCCACUCCUCAAGCAGAUACUCCUGCCGUGCCAGCCAUCUGAGAGAAUGCGACUGGGCGGCGACAUUUUCUCUUUGUGAAGUUCGUCAGUAUACCUCUGCUUUGAUCACCAGAAAUUGCAGCCGAAUCGUCGAGAUUUGCCUGCAAUGACGCCUUGCUCGUUGCUCGAUGCGUGCGAUGGGAAUGCUCCGCAAAGCUUCUCGGAUCAGGAGUGCAAAACUCUCAUCGCAUUGACCUUGCCUCUGAUACCAGGGCGUGCACAACAAUACGCAGAUCUUGGGGGAAAACAGCUUCAGAACUUCUCGCGAGCAGGGC